CCACCAAUUAAACUCUUGACGACGAAGAUUCUCAGUCUCUGUUGCUUCUGUGCAGGUCCUGUCUGUGAGGAAAAAACACCUUGAAACAUGGCUUCUGAAACAGGACAGUCCACCCCGAAGCUGGCAGAGGCAGUGAGCUCGCAGAAAGCCUUGGUAUCACAGGCGAGCUUGCAGUCUACGGAGAAACAAGAAGAAAAGGCAGACGUGCCCAAAGUCCCAGACUGCGUUCGGCGGCUAAAAGCAAAUCGUAACCCGUUCAAGCUGCCCCGUGAUUGUGAUAUCUUUACCCUUCGCGAUAUCGAGAGGGAAGAGAAAAGAAAGGAAAAAGAGGAACAAAAGAAAUUGAAGAUUUACGAGAAGGUUACGUACGCCGCUCGUGUGAACGCGAAACACGGCAGACCACAGGUGGAGGAGGUGGAGCUGGAAGCUGACCCCGAUGCAGAACACCGAGCCAACGUGAAGAAGCUCUCUGCGUUAAAAAGUGACCCCUCGUGGAAGGUUAAAGUCACGAGAGAUCGUCACAUCGAGAAGGAAACGUUGAAUGAUUACAUCAACAAGAAGCGGGAGAUGUUUACCCUUGAGUACUCGCUGACCAUGAAGAAGGAGGAGAUCAGGAAGCUGGAGGAGGCGGCAGCGGUGGAGGAGCUGAAGCUGCAGACGGCGGAGCGUUACCUGGAGGAGGACGCGGCCAUGUUCGACGAGUUCCUCAAGGAGAACGACAAGAACUCUGUGCAAGCAAUGCAGAUAGCGGAGCAGGAAACCAAAAUGAAGCUGGAGAAAGUUGCAGAGUUGAAGAAGCUUUCCACCCAACUGAUGGCCGUGAAGAAUGAUAUCGUCAAGUUUGAGGAGACACUGAAGGAUUACCGUGUGUACAGGGAUUUUUUGAUGAAACUAUCCCCCAAGGAGUGGAGAGACGACAGAGAGAAAAAGAAGAAGGAAAUAAAGCUGGCAAAAGUCAGUUCCAGAGAAGUUGCCAGAAAACUACCUCCGCCAGUCAUUUCACGCCAAGCCAGUAAGACGGGCAUGCACUCCAUAUCAAUCAUGCGACAGGGAUCGAUAGGACCCAAGAUCGCCACAGACUGGAGGAAGAGCAGUGCAGUUUCCAUCGAGUCGAAGUCCGAAGAACAGGAGUGGUCUGAUAGUGAUGAGGAGCCGGAACUUUACUUCACGGAUCCCAAGCAGCUGCUGGACAUCUACACGGAGCUGGAGGAGCAGAACCUGUCCCUCAUCUUGAACUCCCAGGAGACCGAGGAGGCGGUGGAAGAGAUCAAGCAGGCCAUGGCAAAUGCACAGCAUAAAAUGACCUGCGAGACGGAUUUCCUGAAGCAGCAGCUGAACGUAUUGAACGAGGCAGUGGCCAAGGAGGAGAGCAGGGCUGCUGAGCUGGAGCUGAAGGCCAAGAUGUUCUCCUUCAGCCAGAACACCAUCGAGGAUCAGGAUAAAAUGCUGGAGGCUCUGGAUCAGAAGGUGAUGGAGGUUUACCGGUCGUGCAUCGGAGAGAACGAGGCCAACAUGAGCACGCUGCAGAUGCUGACCAGCAUCGAGAACUACCUGGAGGACCUGUUUGAAAGCAUGGAGAAACUGCCCCGGGAGAAGGUGGAAUUGGCCGAGAAGAACAAGGAUAAGGAGAGGAGGAUGAGGUUGAGGGAGGAGAAACUGAGGGAAGAGAAGCUUCACCAAGAGGAACGGGUCCAUCGGGCAAUGCUCAGAUCACAGGCCGAACACCAGAAGAAGACGGGUCGGAGGUUGGUGUAUCGGUCUGAGCCCCCCCCGAUAAAGGAAUCGAAGCAGCAAGUCCAAGACACCACUGACCAGCAGAAGGAGGAGGAGGAGUACUACUUCAGCAUGUAAACACCACCGGCGCUGAAGGUACGACUGUGAACUUGUGCCUCCACGUUGAACACUCUGCUGGCUGAGUCGAGCAGUUCAGGCAGGCUGUGACCUUUGCAACCCAUCAACUUGUUUCCAAAGACUUGUGCAGCUCACCCCGAGGGGUGGGGAGAGCAGGAUUCGACACCCAGCUCGUGCAGAUUUAAACGUUUGUGUUUCCCGCAAUGGUUAUUAAAGAUAAGGUUACCCCUCCCUUU